AUGGUCGCUGUUUUGACUGUAAUACUAGUCCUCUACGGAAUUUUUUAUCUGAGAUAUCAUAGAGAGGCUUUGCAACGGGGAUCAUAUCAUGCAUCCUUUACGGCCACUUUUGGUGCAGAGGUGCGGCCCAAAAACCAAGAGCAAGGCAGGACCGCAAAAGAAUCGCCAACAGACAUCCAGUCCACACCCAACCAAUUCCCAACAAGCCAUUCGAGCGUUCAAAUCUUGCAUACGAAAGAAUCCUUCCAGGUAGUCACUCCAAAUCAACAUGAGCAAUCGGGCGGUCUGAGCUACACCGGCAUCUGA